UGACGUCACGACGUUUAGGAGUUCAUUUGUAUUUUCCUGUACUUUCGAAUGUGUUUCAAAACCAUACGCGGGUAUGGUUUGUCUUCCUCCGUAUCACACUGCAGAUUUUCAUCUACCUUUUGGACUGUAGUUGGUAAAAAGUGCGAUAGUGGAUGCUGAUUUUCUGUCAGGGUUGCCCGCGAGCAUUGGCGCCGGAAAGCAAGGCUAGGUAGGCUGCUUGCUGCUUGAUUGCUUUUGCUCCAUCUGUGCCGAGCCGAGCCGAGGCAGGGCGGCACGACAUUGCUGUACCGUGCGUAUCGCAGACUCCAUUUGUCGCCCAUGCAAAGGAUUUUACGAUGAUCAGAAGGCAAUCAUCGGAACCAUUUGGUUCACCGCUACUGGCCGAAGCGUAUGCACGUCCAAAGAAGCACGUCUUUGAGCAAGUUGAGAAGAUGGUUAGGGGCUCCUUUCCUCAUGGUGGCAAAUGGUGACGUUCCUUUGCAAUUUCCUCAAUCAACUUAUGUGUGCCGCCGCCGCCGCCGCCGCCACCACCGACCGCUUUCCCCUGACAAAUGUUCUCGUGCGGUGAGCUAAAAUAAUUGGACGCUUUGACCUGGAGGCCUUUCUCUUACGUGUGAACCGGACCCCCCCAAAUGCCCUGUACACGGCGGCGCCUUCUCGGAGGUGGUGAUGGCCCGUGAAAAGGCGACGGGGAAGAUGGUCGCCAUCAAGUGCAUCCCCAAAAAAGCCCUCAAAGGGAAGGAGAUGAGUCUGGAGAACGAGAUCGCCGUGCUCAGGAAGAUAAAGCACGAGAACAUCGUGGCUCUGGAGGACAUUUACGAGAGCUCCGACCACCUGUACCUCAUCAUGCAGCUGGUUUCCGGCGGCGAGCUCUUUGAUCGCAUCGUGGAGAAGGGCUUCUACACCGAAAUGGACGCCAGUCGGCUCAUCCGCCAAGUUUUGGAUGCCGUCAACUACCUCCACUCCAUGGGCAUCGUGCACAGGGACCUCAAGCCCGAGAACCUGCUCUACUUUAGUCCCCACGACGAGUCCAAGAUCAUGAUCAGCGACUUUGGGCUGUCCAAGAUGGAGGGGACGGGCGACGUGAUGGCCACCGCCUGCGGCACUCCAGGUUACGUGGCGCCUGAGGUGUUGGCGCAGAAGCCCUACAGUAAAGCCGUGGACUGCUGGUCCAUCGGGGUCAUCGCUUACAUUCUGCUGUGCGGCUACCCGCCCUUCUACGAUGAAAACGACUCCAAACUCUUUGAGCAGAUCCUCAAGGCCGACUUUGAGUUUGACGCGCCGUACUGGGACGACAUCUCGGAUUCCGCCAAAGACUUCAUCAGCCGUCUGAUGGAGAAGGACCCCGAGAAGCGCUUCACCUGCGACCAGGCUCUGGAGCAUCCCUGGAUCGCGGGAGGCACGGCCCUCUGCAAGAACAUUCACGAGUCCGUCAGUCGGCAGAUGCGCAAAAACUUUGCCAAAAGCAAAUGGCGGCAAGCCUUCAACGCCACGGCGGUAAUCCGCCACAUGCGGCGCUUGCAGCUGGGCACCAGCUUCGGCGGCAGCAGCAGCGUCCACGGCGCCGCCUCGGGCCCCGCCGGCAGAGCGCCCACCAAGAGUCAGUCGGUGGAUUGCGCCCCGCUCCCCGUCCGCGACAGUCCUCCGGCGGCCGCCCGGGCCUCCUCCGCCACGGCGGCGUCUCCUUCGGGCGAAGAGCUGCCGUCGUUGGCGCGCCCCUCAACCGUCACCGUCAUCCGCACGGGGACUAAAUGACGCCAAGUUCCGCGGGAGGUGAGCUGGGAGACCACCGAGCUUUAAGAGCAUGCCCGGUGAUCCCGAGCGGUGGCCCAUCCCGCCACGCUCUCUCUCUCCCUCCCUCCCGCCCGCCUUCUCUGCCAACCUCCCUCCCUCCCUCGUGACGAUUUUGAGCAGAGAGCCAGGAGCUGCGCUCAACUCGGCGUCGCUCCUGAGAAAGUCGAGAAGGAAGCGCAAAAGCAAAGUGCUGGUUUUAGCGGCGUCCAAUGGGACGCUCCCGAGUACGCCUCGUGUAAAUAUUUAGCUUGAAGCCAAAUGGUGGCGCCGACUUUGAUUCUCGCCUCCGUGCGCGGUGGUGCUUUCCUUUCCUUUCCUUUCCUUUCCUUUCCUUUCCUUUCCUUUCCUUUCCUUUCCUUUCCUUUCCUUUCCUUUCCUUUCCUGUCCUUUCCUUUCCUUUCCUUUCCUUUCCUUGGAGAGGACACGCGUGGGUGGGUUCUCAGGGAUGCUGGCGCUUGAAGCGGACCAAAGCGCCUACCGAGGCCACUGUGGAGCGCUCCGACGGGAGACUUUGCUUCCUUUCUGUAAAGCGGCGGUCGAUGGCUGGCCAAAAUUUGCCCUGUGGUCAGGGUGAACAAACAGCAGCAAGACAAAGUGGCUCUGGAGGUCACGAUGAGGCAAAGCGCUUUUCAGGGUGUUGGCCAAAUGGUGUGGAGAGCUUUUUGUGAGCAAGCAAAAAUGUCGAGCUUGAGUACAAUCAGUGGUUGUGCGGCUCCUCAUAGCGGCCUGUUGAAUUUAGCAGAAAGACUCUGGAACCCGGAAUGCCCCCCCCCCCCCCCCUUUUCCGGGUCAGGGUCAAGAAAACGCUCGGCAAAUGUAAACGUGUGUGCGGUGAGUAAAAAAAGACGAGUGAGCCUCUGUUUGCUGUGAAUACAAACGUUUCAUUUUGGCAAUGUGGAAUGUCUCUGUGUUGCCGUCUUCCCUCACCAGAGUAGGGCAAGACGUCCGGACGCACACUUCCACAAGCUGUGAAUUGCUGCUCCAAAUGCAUGUUGCAUGUCUUGAUGUCAUGUACUAUUAAACAAGAAAGACUUUG